AAUUUCGUACCAAACCUGUCGCGGGAAGGAAAGCGUGGAACACGGUGAAUCAAAACUUUUCUACAUCACCAUGCCGUUCUUGGACAAGAGAAAAGGAGGAGAUGAUAUAUUGGCGUUGGUUCCCGCCUCGAAAAGAACAAAGACCGAAAUAGUUUUCAGUAGCAGGGAAAAAGCAAUUGUUCAAAGUGGCCCGCCAAGGACUUCUUCCUUGCCAGCACCAAUAAUGUUGUGCGAGGGACAUCAAGGAGAAAUUUUUUCUCUUGAAUUUCACCCAGAAGGCCAAUAUCUUGCCUCUACAGGAUUUGAUCGACAGAUCUUUAUCUGGGAUAUUUAUAAAGAAAGCGAAGCUCUCGGUUGUAUGCUUGGACACAAUGGUGCUGUGAUGGAAAUGCACUUUAGCCCGGAUGGCAAUCAUCUGUACACAGCUAGCACGGACGAGACGGUCAGUUUGUGGGACUUGUGGCGCGGAACGCGAAUUAAGAAAUUGAAGGGACACACUUCCUUUGUAAAUACCGUGUCAGGCGCGCGAAGAGGACCUCCGCUGCUUUGUUCUGGCGGCGACGACAGCACGAUACGUAUUUGGGACGCCAGGAGAAAGUGUCAAUGUUACGUACUGAAUAACACAUAUCAGGUGACCGCGGUGACGUUCAACGAUACAGCGGAACAAAUAAUCAGCGGAGGUAUUGACAACGAUAUAAAAGUCUGGGAUCUUCGAAAAAAUGCGAUACUUUACAAACUAAAAGGACACACCGACACCGUAACAGGAUUGAGUCUCAGUCCUGACGGAUCGUACAUACUUUCCAAUUCAAUGGACAAUACUUUGAGGAUAUGGGAUGUGAGGCCGUUUGCACCUUACGAACGCUGCGUGAAGAUACUGACCGGGCAUUCGCAUAAUUUCGAAAAGAAUCUUUUGAGAUGCGCAUGGUCUCCAGAUGGCAGUAAGGUAUCGGCGGGAUCGUCAGAUCGAUUUCAUUAUGUCUGGGAUACUACUAGUCGUAGGAUAUUGUAUAAACUGCCUGGCCACAACGGAUCUGUGAACGACGUUGAUUUCCAUCCGAAGGAACCAAUAAUAUGUUCGGGAUCUAGCGAUAAGCAAAUCUACAUGGGUGAAAUUGAACCCUAACAAAACAGAGACAAAACUGAAAUAUUUUAAUUCAGAUU